UCACUGGUUACAUCCUGUAAAAUUCUUGACUAUAUCUAUUAUAAACACUUUCUAAUUUUGUUUUACUUUAAGAUUCCUUAAAACAGUAACUAAUUUAAAAUUGGCAAUUUCAAGUUCAAUGCCGGUUUAUUUACUGAUUCAACCCCUAAAUAGGGUGCAGUUUGUCUUAUAACUGGCACUCAGGAGCACCCGACAUGAACUGGAAAUAGGCAAAUGGAGAAAAUGAAACUAAAAUAAACAAACCUGGAAAUGUUCAUAUGUUUGAAAAUUCAUAACUUGAUGGUAAUAAAAGGAGCUAGUGUAUUAUAGGGGAGCCCUUCUUUUUAAGUACCUUGCUUACGGGGCUUUGGAGUAGCGAUCACCAGAGUAAGUGUGUGUCCUUCACCACUGUGCUGUCUCAGAAAAGGAGCAUUUUGAGUGUUCUCACCUGCAGUGCCGCAAGGACAUGUUUGUUUACUGUUUUCAUGAGCGCAUCCCCCAGGGAACAGCCCACAGUCGAUGGCAAUCGGUGACACUUAUGACUGUUUUGUGGACUGUGUUCCUAUUGACAAAAGUGAUGACUAAACAGUUAUCUUUAGUGAGCUUCAGCAUCGCCCCAGUCUCUGGGCAAAGCGUUGACUUCGUUUCAGUGAAACUGCUUUCCGUGGCACGUGUUCGUUCGACGCAGACAAGUACAAAGAUGGAGAAGAUAAGGAUUCUGUGCUUAUGACACUCGUGCCUUCAGAGAAGAAUGAAUUUCUGCUGUCUUCCAUUCUUGACCAUGAUGCUUCAUAUUGAUUUUUUCCCCUGAUCCUUUGGGUGUUUGGGCUUCACAGGGUACAGUACAGGAUGAGGGGUGCUCCUGGAGACCACAUUCCUGAAAGAUCUCUCUGGACCAUUCAUCCAAUAGAGAACGUGGUUCUGUGUGAACACUGUCAGGUACGAGCAGAGAGCACCUGGGGCCAUGACCGGGGUGGGGACCGAGGAUGACAUCCCACUGGGUGAGAGGAAGACUGUCACAGACUUCUGCUACCUGCUGGACAAGUCCAAGCAGCUCUUCAACGGCCUGAGAGACCUGCCCCAGUAUGGACACAAGCAGUGGCAGUCGUACUUCGGCCGCACCUUCGACGUCUACACCAAGCUGUGGAAGUUCCAACAGCAGCACAGACAGGUGCUGGACAACCGGUACGGCCUGAAGAGAUGGCAGAUUGGGGAGGUGGCCUCCAAGAUUGGCCAGCUCUACUACCAUUACUACCUCCGCACCUCUGAGACCAGUUACCUGAACGAGGCUUUCUCUUUCUACUCGGCCAUUCGUCAGAGAAGCUAUUACUACCAGGUCAAUAAGGAGGACAGACCAGAGCUGGUGGUGAAGAAGCUGCGCUACUACGCCCGCUAUAUUGUCGUCUGUCUGCUACUGAACAAGAUGGAUCUGGUCAAGGUGCUGGUCAAGGAGCUCUCAGAAGAGAUCGAAGACUAUACCCAACGCUUCAACACAGAGGACCAACUGGAGUGGAACCUUGUCCUGCAGGAGGUGGCAGCUUUCAUUGAGGCCGACCCAGUGAUGGUGCUGAACGAUGACAAUGCCGUGGUGAUCACCUCGAACCGGCUGUCUGAGGGGGGUGUGCCUCAGCUGGAGCAGGGCAUGGUGGUGGGGCAGCUCACACUUGCGGACGCCCUCAUCAUCGGCAACUGCAACAACCAGGUCAAGUUCAGUGAGCUGACCAUCGACAUGUUCCGCAUGCUGCAGGCUUUGGAACGGGAGCCAGUCAACUUGGCCACACAGAUGAAUAAGCCGGGGACACUGCAGCAGGAGCCCAGCGAGAAGCCUGCCAAGAGGGAGAAUCCACACAAGUACCUUCUGUACAAGCCCACAUUCAGCCAACUGUAUACCUUCCUGUCUGCUUCCUUCAAGGAGCUGCCAGCGAAUAGCGUGCUGCUGGUUUACCUCUCGGCCACUGGGGUCUUCCCAACUGGACACUCUGAUUAUGAAGGUCCUUAUGACUUUGGAGGUGUGCUGACCAACAGCAACCGUGAUGUGGUGAACGGAGAAACGGUGCAGAAGAGGAACCAGGCGCAGAAAGAGAUGCACUGUCUUCACCCUGGGGACCUGUUCCCCUUCACCAGGAAACCCCUGUUCAUCAUUGUGGAUUCCUCCAACAGCACAGCCUACAAGAAUUUCUCGAACCUCUUUGGACAGCCGGUGGUGUGUCUUCUCUCUCCCACAGUGUAUCCCAAGAGCAUGCAAGACCAGUCGCAGCGUGGCAGCCUGUUCACACUCUUCUUGUACAGCCCACUGAUGGCCUUCUUGUACGUGUGUGGCCUGAGCAGCUUGCGGCAGGGCAUGUGGGAGAAAGGCCAGGAGCUCCUGCGCAAGGCAUAUCGCGACAUCGGCCAGAUGCUCACCCGCUCACGUGCCAUAGACCAGGCCUUCCUGCAGUUCUAUGGGGAUGAGUUCCUGAGGCUGUUGCUCAUCCGUUUCGUGUUCUGCUCAGCCACGCUCAGGAUGCACAAGCUCUUCCGGCAGGAGUCACGGAGCUUUCCGGAGUCGUACCCACAGCUGCCUAAGCAGGACACAGUGGAGAGCAACCUGCUGCAGAAGCACAUUCUGGAGCUGGCAGCCAUGUUGGAUGUGCAGGGCCUCUUCUAUGACGGCACGCUGGACAGCUACUGAGCACUGGUGCUGAGAUGCACUCGCAUGGGCGCGCGCGCACACACACACACACACACACACACACACACACACACAAAAUGCUGCUCUGCUAAAUGUGCGUGCAGAUACAGACACAUGGGCAAUCAGACAAAAACAGAGCAGUUCAACAAAAACCAGUUAACACCCUUACAAUCAUCAAGCACUUUUUUAAAAAAACAGCAAAAAUACAGAGACAACACUGCCUGAAGAUGAUUGCAAAAGUUUCCUCCUGACAUUCGGAUAUGUAUGAAUUUAGGAUUUCAUGUGUGCUAUUUGUUGGUCAAAGUGGCUCCGCCCCUUCCUCCAUCCCCCUACUGUGAUUGGUUGAGUCAUGGUUUACCGAUUGAGCAGGUAAACUGAAUUUGUUGUGUGUGUUCCACUUGGCUGUUUUUACAAGCGCACACACUUGUAGCUGGUCUUUUUUGUUGUUGGGUUUA